UGCACGAUGGCCAAGUUGGAAAGUUGAUCGAGUGAUCGUGAGCAGAGGGGAGAACCUCAGUUUUUGGUUCAAAAUUGAUAAUAGAGAAUAAAAUGUUGAGCGUACUUCAUCAGUGUCGGCAACAGGUGUCGCUUGCCUUCAACUAUGCCAGUAGGUAUGCUGCUUGCAAAGCAGGGACAUGUGAUAACUCAAGCUUACUGAUAAGACUGUGGCCGCAGAAUACAACGUCCUUGUCCAGGAGCAUCUCCUUGAAUCAGCUUCACAGACGAGGCCCGUUCCGCAAGAAACCCAACCCCAAGAAGACUCAUCCCACCGACCACCGUCCUCAGCUGAAGGGCGUCGUUCUUAAGACUCUGAUCAGAAAGCCAAAGAAGCCCAACUCGGCCAACAGAAAGUGUGUCAAAGUGCGACUCAGUAAUGGGAAGGAGGUUAUCGCCUUCAUCCCAGGGGAAGGUCAUAAUCUCCAAGAGCACAACAUCGUUCUCGUGGAGGGGGGAAGGACGCAAGAUCUUCCUGGGGUUAAACACACCGUCAUCAGAGGCAAAUUUGAUUGUGGACAUGUAGUUAAGAAAAAGAAAUAGGGUUUAUGCAAAGGUUUGAGUCUUGUAAAGAAAACACAAGUUAUAUCUCUUUGGAUUCUGCAGAGAUUCUAUCUUCCAAAAUCAUGUGGAUCUGCUUAGAAUACUGCAAAGAGAGUUAUAAUUACUGGCAUUGAAGUGUGUCAACUUGGAACAUGUAAUGCACAAAUAACAUACAUGUACUGGUAUUAAUAUAACUAUACAAUGGCAUAUGCUCAAGCACCAUCUAGAAAAUAUACCGCAAUACGUCUUGGAAAAGCGAGUACAGUUUA